AUGUACGAACCUUUACUUGCCGUGAAUAAGGGUCCUGAUGUCGCCUUGCAACACAUUGUUGCCAAUGGAAAGAAAUAUCUUGAAACCCUGAUCCGUCUUUAUUAUCUCCGGCAUGAUUACGAAGCCAUGGAUCUGUUCCUGGUCAUUCCUCUCGUGCUCAUAGGAUACGACUGCAUCAACGCAAUUUUGGAAGAAAAGUCUGGAUAUCGAAUUGAAAACCUGCGGUCUACGCUCAUCCUAGUUGCGAAGGGGUUGCAUUGUCAGCGUCGUAAUCAUUACCUGGCAGAAGCGCUGUUUCGAAUCGUUAGGGGACGGAUGCGCCCACAAGAGGUGGCCCUUCUGAGAAGUUCGAUGACUUUUGACGACAACCGGGAGGAAGAAAAACACGGCAUGGUACAAGCCGUGCGCAGUCGAUGGCCAGUCACUGUUGUUAGCAAGCAGGAGGAUGUGAGUGAUCACAUCUUAACACAUCUUGUUGAGACCUACGGGUCGUUCAUAUGUGAUCCUAAUGUUGAAACUGUUUACACCUUUACUUCAAGAGUUGUUCCCUCCUUGUCUAUGGGUAACGAGGAACUUAGUUCUUAGAUCCAUAGAAUGAAACAGCCCCUCCUUUGGGCAACUGUAGAGGCUCUGAAAUGACCGACUGGGUGCAAGAUUUCUUCUAUAGGAAAAUAUAAAGAAGUGCCUUACAUAAGUCUUUAGUUCGCCUUUCCGG